AUGACUUGCUGCGAAGCCUUCACUUCCUGUAAUGGAUUUGUUCUCUUGUCUCUCAGCAUCAUUGCCAUGGGGCUGAACCUGACCCCUAUGUUUGCGGAUUACGCCAUGGACGGCUUCUUGUUCCGUCACCCUGUCUCCUGCUUCGAGUGGUGGCUGCCAGGCGUGGUGGGCGGCGGGCUCCUGGUUCUGCCUUCAGUUACCAUGGCGUUUGCUGCAAAGAAGAGAGGGAGCUGCAACUCCCGCUGUGGGAUGCUCCUGUCAGCGGGCAUGUGUCUGCUUGGUAUCAUUGGCGCCCUCUACUGUUUGCUUGUGUCCUUCUUUGCCUUGGGCACUGGGCCACUGAUCUGCCAGGGAGCUGACGCCAGUCUGUCCAGCUGCAAUUUCACCAUCAAGGACAUUGGGUCUCUGUCUCAGCUGAACUUUGACAUCUCCUGGUAUCUCAACAAGGAUGGCUGCUGGAACAAGACACAGGUCGGCACAGAGGGUGGUCGGAUCCUGGGAGACUUUGACUUAGAUCUGGACGGCUACCAGCUGGUGAACCUGCACCUGGUGACCUUUACUGGGUUGGCAGGCAUAGCCCUGCUAGAGGUGCUGUUCAGCUUGUUCCAGAUACUGGCAGGGACCUGUGGCUGUGUCUGUGGAACCUCGAAGAGAACGCAGCAGCACUGA